AUGAAUCCAUUUUAAUAGUUUAUCAAUCCAGGAUAACAAUGGUAAUAUUUGUAAAUGCAUUAACUACAUUAAUUUCAAUACUUUUAAGUACUUAUAUCAUAUAUAACAUAGAAUUUGCAACUGCUAAGUGCUAUACAUAAUAAUUGUACAAAUCAAUAAAGUGUUCAGAUUCCUUCACUGAAUGCUCUUUAAUAAUUUUCUCUUCUUUCUUAAUCAUCUCAAAGAACAAUCCCAUCAGCAUAACAACAUGAUAUUCGUACUAAAAAAAGCUAAUCAGAAAGAGUGUUACCAAAAUAGAAGAAAGAAAAUGAAAUUCUGAAAUAAUUUUCGUAAGAUCAAAUAUUAUAAGAACUAAAAUAAUUUUUAGAGUAUUUGAGUAAAAAUGAUGUUAAGGAAAUGGAAGAAGAUGAAAAAUAUCGAUAUGCAGUAUGAUAUUAAUAUAAGUUUAGAUAUUGACAAAAAUAGAUGAUUCUUUAAUUGACACACUUAUUAAUCGUUAUCAAAAAUAAAAGAAAACAAAAGAAGAAUAGAUUAAGUUUAUAAUACGAAAAUGCUUUAAAUAUCUCAAAUAAAAGAUGAAUUUAAAUGAAAUUACAAUGAGUGCAUAUGAGAUUGAGAAGGUCUUUUAUAAAGAGUAUUUUAUGACUGAUGACAAUAUUGAAGAAUUAAUACCUUUUAGAACAGAAUCAUAAAAUAAAACUAUGAAUAAUUCUUAUUUAAAGAAAAUUUUCUCUUCUGAUAAGUUUUAUCAAGGAUAUCUUGAAUAUUUAGGUAUUUUGUAAUUAUAUAUACUUAGAAAACUUUGAUGAAAUAUGGGAUUAAGAAAACAAUGAAAAAAUUUAGAAUAUGACAAAAUAAGUAAUGAAAUUUAUUGCAUCUGGAUAAAUCGACGUAUAUAGAUUUUAUAAUGAUUAGAAAAUAUCCUCAUACAAAAGAGUACCAUGGAUUUCGUCUAUGAAAUAAAGAUGUUAUGAAUUAGCUGUUUCGUUUAAAGCAUACCGUGAAUAAGAAGAAAUCAAUAAUAAAAAAGUUAAAUUAGAAUGAUAAUAUUUGAUUUAAUUUCCAG